CGCUCAGACCUGCGCUACAGGAAGAAGAGAAGAAGAAAUCCGGCGCUGAUUUUGAACUUUGCAGAAGAAUGUGCAAACUUUUAUCAGACAGGUGUGGCUCUGCUGCUGCUGCUGCUGCGGGAAUACACGUCUAACCUCUGCUUUUAAAACCGGGGCUUUGGUACAUUACAUGUCAGCCACACUACCACAGGAGAAACAUUGCAGAGCUGCAGUAGGACACGAUGGAGUCGUCCGUGGUGAACCUGUACAACCAGUUUCAGAGUCUGAGAGCCCAGGUGGACGGUCUGAAUGAGAGCAUUGAACCACAGUUCCUCCAGAUGGCAGCGAACUUUGAAGAGUGUCGUAAGAAGUGGCUGCGGUCAGACGAGGACCUGGUUUCCUGUAAAGAGGUGCUGGCUAAAGCAGAGACUGAGAGGGGAGCCCUGGAGGUCAAACUAAAGCAUGCUCGCAACCAGGUGGAUGUGGAGAUUCGCCGGAGGCAGAAGGCUGAGGCAGUUUAUGAGAAACUGGAACGUCAGCUGCAGCUUAUCCGGGACCUGCUCAUAUCCGAGAACAAUGGCAGCAGUGUCCACCUGAGCGAGGAACAGCGCUCUGCCCUGGCCUUCCUCAGUGCCCACUCCCAGGCAGCACAGGCUGCCAAAGGCAACCUCAACACUAGUCGAAGGUUAGCUACCAUCGAUGAAUCGGGUUCUUUGCUGUCAGACAUCAGCUAUGACCAAACAGACGACUCUCUGGACUGGGAUUCCUCGGUGAUGAAGACUGUGAGACUGCGGAAGCGCCAGAAACGACGCUCCUCCAGAAAACUGGAAAUUCCUCCACAGGCAGCAAAGAAACGCUCCACUGGACGCACUUCAGAUAGGAUGAAUGAGUCUAUAGUGGCCAAAACCACCAUCACUGUGCCUGUGAAUGGUGGAGCUGUCGAGGCAGUCUCCACUAUUGAAACUGUGCCUUACUGGACACGCAGCAGAAAAAGUGUUGCUCCAGCAUGGGCUGACACAACCACUACUGACCAAUCUGAGACUGCCAGUGAGGCUCCCAGCACUACAGUGUCAGAUUUCCCAUCCAAACCUAGGACCCGCAGGCCUAAUGGAGGAGCUAAGAAGCACCACUUCAUCCCCAAAACAGUGAUCAAGUCUGAGCUCUGCGUAUCUUGUGGGAGAAGAACAAAGUUUGGCAAGAUGUACCUUCGCUGCCAGGACUGCAGGGCUGUGACUCACCCAGAGUGUCGAGAACGCUGUCCCCUGCCUUGCAAUCCUACAGCUGCUAGCACCCCCAUUAAAAACACAGAGGCCACCCUGGCUGACUUUGCUCCAGCCACCUCCCCCCAAAUCCCAGUUCUGGUCACCUACUGCAUCAAGGAGAUUGAACACCGAGGCUUACAUGAGGUCGGCCUGUACAGAGUCUCUGGCCACGAGCGCUUGGUGAAAGAGCUGAAGGAGAAGUUGAUAAGAGGAAAGACUCUGCCUCCUCUUAACAAAAUAGAAGACAUCAAUGUCAUUACAGGUGUCCUUAAAGACUUCUUCAGAAAGCUUCCAGAGCCACUGCUCACCUUCCACCUCAACAAAGCCUUUAUGGAAGCAGCUGAAAUCCAGGAUGAUGGCAACAGUCUCGCCAUGUUGUAUCAGACCAUCAGUGAGCUGCCUCAACCCAACCGAGACUCUCUGGCCUGCCUGAUGAUCCAUCUGCAGAAGGUCUCUCAGUGUGUGGACACCAAGAUGGAUGUGAACAACCUGGCCAGGGUGUUUGGUCCUACUCUUGUGGGACAUGCUGUUCCCGACCCAGACCCUAUGACCAUCCUGCAUGACACAAACAGACAACCAAGGGUUAUAGAGCGCUUACUCAGUAUUCCAGCAAAGUACUGGGGUCAGUUUGCUUAUCCAGAUAAUAUAGGCAUGGACGAUGCACACCACACUCCAGACCACAAAGUGAGCAUAUUGGGACCAGUGACCACUCCAGAGCACCAGAUGAUGGUCAAAACACCUUCUUCCAGCUCGCUGUCCCAGCGCAUGAUGCACACCUUGUCCAGCACCACCAUAUUUGGCAGCAAGAGCAAGGCAUCGGCUGCCUCUAACCGCCAGGGCAACUUCUUCGCUUCUCCACAGCUGAAGUAAAAAAAGAAAAGAAAAGAAAAAAGUUCCCCCAUAUUGUAUUUCUGGGUUAUUUAGCGCAAAUUUACAGCAAAACUGAAUAUGUAUUCACGUAAUCAUGUGGGGAAAACUACUGUGCAAUUUUAGCAUGUAACUGUUAUAUUACUGAGAUUUUCUUUAUUCCAGUAUUUUAUACAAGACUUUCUAACCAGAUUCUUUUUUUAAAAAUAUUUCUGCACACGAGUGUUUGUUUAUUUUUAUAUCUUUGAUUACUAAUGAUUUAUUAUACCAAAACUGUGGUGGAAUCUGUGUGAUUGUAAGAGGUUUGAGGGCUUUAAUGAGCAAGCAAUCAUUCCAAACUAAUUCAAGCGUCAGUAUCUCCUGCUUUGUGUUUAACACUUGGAUUUGAUGUUCAGAAACUAUGUGUUCACUGGAGUUGGUCCAUCUUUGAACCUGUGGUUGUAACCACGGCGACAGGGGUGCUCGAGCACACGUGAAAUACACAGCUGCAUUGAACAAAGAGAAAAGAAGCUGUAUUAUUGGCCAGUGUGUCUGUCUUUUGGCUUUGGUUGCCACAGCAUUGUCCUGACAUCUUAAUUAUUUUCAUGAUUUUAACAUUUUUGUUUUAUAUUUGUUGAUUGUUUGCUUUGUAUACCAAUCAUGCCAUUUUAUAUGCCUUAACAAUACUACAGUGUAUACACUGAUGCUAAAUGGGAAUAAUGUUGCAUUUUGCACCGUAUCUGUAACAAUUUGAGUAAAUGUGUUUUCUACCAGGGAGUGCACACCACUAGAGGCUGCUGUUGCACUACUUUUGAUGUGCAAGCCUAAAUCAAUGAAGACGAUGUACUAUAUAUUAUGCACAAAACCAGUCAGUAUUACUGACACUAAUUACACUGAUAUAUCACAUCAUUGGAAAUACUGUAAGUUAGUCGGGCCAAUAUUUUCUCUCUCACAAGCCAGAAAUCUAAUACUUGCAUCUGUGGGGUCAUCACAAAAUAAAAUCUGGAGCCUCUUUAAUUUAUGAACUGUCUUGCAUGCACACUUAAGCUUUUAAGUAUUUUGUAUUCACAGUAGCUUUCUUGUAUAGUUACAUCACCAGCACUGCUUAAAAAAACAAUGCUUUCUCUGAGGAAAUUUCUUUUUCUCUUCUGCUCUCACUGUCACCUUUUUGUCAGCUCCAGAUUUUUUUAUUUUAUUUUUUGAUGAUGACAUUAGUUCAAGUGUUAGUUAUUUAGAGAUGAAAUGUUGGUAGAAACUGACAGUAUUUAGUUGUUAAAACCAUUUCUAACCAUGUUUUGCCUGUCAAUGGAGAGUGUGUAUAGUUUGAGGUUGUAAGACUCUAAUAAUACGACAUUAUGUUUUAUACAUUCUUAUGCAUUUAUUCCAUUAUAUGGUUUAUUUCUUUAAUGAAAUAUCGUCUUACUGAUGGAGUUACUUUCACCUAAGAUUUCGUGGACUGGAUGUUAACAAUAAUUCCUUUGUUCCUUUGCUCAAAUAAGAUCACACAAAGGUCCAUGGUUGAGCUGAAAAUAAAACAUCAAAAGACUGA